UCAGCUGAUGUUCUCUUGCACUCUGCCUCCAGACCCAUCAGAGCCUGUGCCCUGCUCCAGAAAGAGGGAAGGGGAUAGAGAGUGAGCAAAGAAUAAAGGCAAAGGUGAAGCACCAUGGCCGAGUCAACUAACGUGAGGCUGCGGCUGCCGCUGCUAUGCAUCAUCUUGGAAGUCAUCCUCAUCAUCCUCUUUGGGGCGCUGGUGGAGUAUAACGAAGACACUCAUCCCAAGCAGUGGAAUGCAAACAAAACCCAUAGUGCUACUAGAAAUGAUUAUGAGAACGAGUUCUACUAUCGUUAUCCCAGUUUCCAGGAUGUUCAUGUCAUGAUCUUCGUGGGCUUCGGGUUCCUGAUGACAUUUCUGCAACGUUAUGGGUUCAGUAGCGUCGGAUUUAACUUCCUCAUCGCAGCGUUUUCCUUGCAGUGGGCCACACUUAUGCAGGGCUUUUUACAUGGUUUGCACCAUGGAAAGAUCCAGGUUGGUGUGACUAGCAUGAUAAAUGCAGACUUCUGCACUGGGUCUGUGCUGAUCUCAUUUGGUGCCGUUUUGGGGAAGACCAGUCCUGUGCAACUACUUGUUAUGGCCAUUUUCGAGGUGACAUUGUUCGCUGUCAAUGAGUUCAUCCUGCUUUCUCUCCUUGGGGCCAAUGAUGCUGGAGGAUCCAUGACCAUCCAUACUUUCGGUGCUUACUUCGGCCUAGUGGUGACCCGUGUCCUGUACAGGCCAAACCUGGACAAGAGCAAACACAGAAACUCAUCUGUCUACCACUCUGACCUCUUUGCCAUGAUCGGUACCAUCUAUCUGUGGAUGUUCUGGCCCAGCUUCAACUCAGCCAUUACAAGCUACGGUGACCCGCAGCACAGAACCGCCAUGAACACUUACUACUCUCUGGCCUCCUGCACACUGGCUACGUUCGCUUUCUCCGCCCUAGUCAACCCCGAAGGCAAAUUGGACAUGGUGCACAUCCAGAAUGCCGCACUGGCUGGUGGUGUUGCUGUGGGAACGGCUGGAGAGAUGAUGCUGACUGCGUUUGGCUCUAUGAUCGUGGGAUUCCUAGCUGGAACUAUUUCAGUACUGGGAUACAAAUACCUCACGCCGAUUUUGGAAUCGAAACUGAAGAUUCAGGACACUUGUGGCAUUCAUAACCUGCAUGGAAUGCCAGGAGUUCUGGGGGCUGUGGUGGGUGCCGUCACUGCUGCUCUGGCAUCCUCAGCAGAAUAUGGAGAGGGAUUGCAAAAAGUUUUCGGUGAAGGGGAAUGGGACCCUAAAUCUAAAGGUGCAUUUCAGGCUAUUUCCCUGGCUGUCACACUGGGAAUGGCUCUGUUCGGUGGUCUACUUACAGGGUUCAUUCUGAAGCUGCCCAUCUACGGUGCUCCUCCAGAUACUCACUGCUUUGAGGAUGGAGUCUACUGGGAGGUACCGGGGGAGGAGGAAGGUCAUAAUGAGCUUAACGAAGUGGCCACACCAAACGAAAUGGAAAAACUCAGCAGCUAAAUUACCCUUGUUCACCUGUUUGAAUUUGUUCAUUACUACAUAAAUGUGCACAGUUCUGUCACCUGUGUUGUUCUCUGCAGUUGCCAUUUAUUUACUUACACGCUUAAAACAAAACGGUAAACUUCGUUCCAUUAUUUUUAAUAUCAGUUUAUGUUAUUAUAUAAAAUGAUUAGCCCAGUUUACCUGAGGAACAUUGAGAAUGUACAACCGAGUCCACAAACCUGUGAUUCCUUAUAACACCACUAGAUGGUAAUGCAGAGCUGUGAAUGGAGAACAAGCUAGUGCUCAUUAUUCUCAUGAUUAGCUUCUAGAAAUAUUUGUAAAUUAAGCAGUUUAAGCUUUCCCUUUAUUUUGAAUAUUUUUGCAAGAGCAACGCGAAGACGCCAUGGGAUGUACGGGAAAAUAUUUUGUAUUCAUCUGGUAUAUUUUUUUAUUUUCAUAAAAUUGAAUGAUGUAUAAAUCCUACGCAUUUACAAAUCCUACAGUGAUGUAUAUUUCCUAAGCAGCUGAAAUUCAAUGUCUACAACAUAAACUUUCUGUGAAUUACAGGUUUUCUACAACGCACACAUUUUAUCUGAGAUUUCUGGAUUAUUUGUAUCACGCACAGAUUAUAUAUAUAAACGUUUAGUAAUACUGUGAAUGUGAGACAUUGAUGAACAUGUUUUAAUGACUACUAGAAUUCGAGAAAAAAAAACAAUUGGAUUGAUUUAAAAUGUUAAAUGUAUAUAGUUACAUGUUUAUCUGUUUUAAAGAAAAAAUGUUUCUUCACAAGGAUUAUUUCUACCGGGCAUAACCUGCGUUUGAACGUCAAAUUCUGUAUGGAAUGACAUUUAAUAAAUUGUUCAGAUUUA